AUGACGACGACAGCAGCGGCAAGAACAAAAGAGAAUGGUUGCGAUUUUUCUUUAUUCAAAACACCACUUCGUAAUCCAUUACGAACACCAAUACGUAAUGGUAUGUUAUCCUCGGCAACAUUGAACGACUUAGCCUCUUAUUCCAAUAAUAAUCCCAAUAAACACUUGAAAUUUGUUAAUGCAACAAGUAUGAAUGAUCUACAAAUGUGUUCAGAAUCCACAACGACACCAAUUCGUUUUAAUAAGAGCAAAUUUGAUACACCUGUUUCAACUCAACGUCGUCGCGCUUUAGGUUUAGUCAAUCACAAUAGUAAUCAUAUAUCUCGCGUUGUCUCAAGUGAUGAUUUCACCCGAAUGAAUGCACUAAAGAAUGUGAAUACUAAACAAGAAGAGCCAAUCUCGAAAACGGCACCUUCUCAUCCGGAAGAUGAUCUUCCACAUGUGAAUCAUUCAAAUCAAGAUACAUUUGAUGAUCUUAUUCCAAUGGACGAACGUAUUGAACAUAUGAUUAUGAAACAAACGAAUGGUGUGAAUAUGUUUUCUUAUUAUGGUGGUUUGGAGAAUACAAUUCGCUGUCAAUCACCUGUGUGUACUCUUGUUGAUGUACCAACUUUACUCGAUAUGAUCGAUAUUCUCAAUUAG